AUGAAUUCCAAGGAAAGCAGACGUCCAAGUAACCUAAGAAGCAUACGAAUCAGAGAAGCAACAAACAACGGCUAUCAACCUUCAACAACAUUCGGGGAUGCACUCAGCAUGUACGCUGGCUCGGGAGGUGGAUCAGAAAUUGUUCAAAAUAGUUACAAACUAGAACCUGAUCGAAGAUUUCCCGUUCAGGAAGUGCAAAAAGUCGUCGAGCAAGUGCUGAAAGAAAAUCUUAAGAAUCAAAAAUAUGAACGCGAGAAAUGCUCCAAGCUGUGUCCCUCAUUAAGCCGACUCAUCCAGGAUAAAGUGAAAUCCAUUGGUCUACAGAGAUAUAAACUGAUAACCGUGGUUUUGAUUGGAGAAAAUAAAUCGCAAAGUGCCCGCGUAGCCAGUAGAUGUUUGUGGAACGAAAAUUUUGAUAGUUAUGCAUCAGCAAGUUUUUAUACCGAGACAUUGUUUGCACAAGCCACUGUAUAUGGAAUAUACUUAGAGUAA